AUUGAGUUAAGUUCUCCUCCUACAGCUUACCCCCUAGUGCGUCGAAAGCCAUAGCGUCGCGAAUACUUUAUCAAUCAACAUGAUUCAAAUUGGGAACGGUAGCUGAGAUUAAGAGCUACAACAUAUCCAAGUUUCGCGAUAUUCCAACGGCUAGUUUUUCGUCGACGUCGUUUCUUGUGAAGACGACUUUUCUGUCCAGAAUUUCGGAUUUAUAUUUUGAGUAAUUCUAGCUCCUAAGUUCACCUAGACUCCGUCCUUAAUCCUAACAAGUGGUAUCAGAGCUGUAUUAAGGACGUUGAGAGGAGUCUACAGAAGUGUGAAGACCCUUCUAGACCCACCAUGGCCUGUGGGUGUGCCUAAGUGGUGUUCUAAAGGUUGGAUGUGUCUUCCACUAAGGGGAAACUCUGCCGAAAUUUCGUGGACGCCGACACUUGUGAAAAUAUCGAGGGAGCUGAGUGUGGACAGCAAAGGGGAGCUGAAAUUCGUCAUUUCUCAAGGAGAAGAUGAAUGAGAGAGGAGGAGAUGCUAAUGGAAGAGGAGCUGUAGCUGAGAAGGCAAGAGAUGUUCGAGCACAUCAAGGAUCUUGUGGAAGCGGAUGAUUCGGGUCCAAGGGCGUGGAAACUACUACGCGAUGUGAUUCAGCCCAACACUCUCCCGAUGGUGAUCGUGCUCGAGAAGGAACUUGCUGCCAUCUCCAUGCGACCACGGGACGAUGUGAAGCCAGCCCUUGACAAGAUCAAGGACACCUAUGCAAGGAUGGCAGCAGCGGGCAGCAGUGUAUCUCAGCUGCAGCAGUGCACCAAGAUCAUCUCGUGGCAGGGGGAGUACCAGAAUGGAGGGCACCUGCUGGUACUGCAAGAAGGUCGGGCAUCCUUGGUUCAAGUGCUUCAGCAGGCCGGAGGGAUGGGCACCUCCAGGCAUGAAGCCGCCAAGUGGUGAACGCGCACAAGGUGGCGCUGUGCAAGAUGAAGGUGCACAAGGUAACGCCUAUCCUGGGAUGUAUCUCA